AUGAGAGUCUCUCCGUACAUGCUGAUACUCCUUCUCAUCUCUAACGAAUCCACGACCCAUGUCACCCAUAUUAUCAGUUGCGUUAAUGACCCGAGAAGUGGCGAGGAAGUCAAUCGCAAGGUAGAGUUCAAUAUCGUUUCUGCUUCUCCCGAUCUGUCAACGGCAGAAUCGAUGCACGUCGUCGUUCCUUCUCAACUACAAAUCCACCAUCGACCUGGGUCUGAGAUUGUCACGUUGAAAGUCGACCGAGAUAUACGAUCAGAGGCGGAAGUGAAUAUACGUCCUCAGAUUGAAUGUGAAUUUACACCCACACCGAUGAUCAUGGAGGAAGAUCAAAGCCGAGGUAAAUUACGACUUGAUGGCGAACAGUGGAUUCCUUUGCAGCUCUACAGACCCUCUCUGGCAAGUAAAGCCCUGAAUGGGUUGAAUCAAGAUAGCAAGAAUCUUCUCUCCAGUAUUCUCAAUGACAACGCACGAAAUCUGACACUUAGUGCUAUUUCAGAAGACACAGAUGAUAGAAGAGUCAUCUGGAACUUUGAUCCUAAUGAUAUUGGUUCCCUUAGACCACCUGAACCUAAGGUAUCCCUUUGGUAUCAAGGGCUAAGACCUGAAGAUGAAGAUAUGGAGGAGAUCUCCGUGUCAACGGCUAGACAUUUGUUUGCUUACUAUAGGGCUCAAGGUGGUAAAGCUUUGGGAGACGACAAUAAUACGAGUCGGGAAACAUAG